CCUAACGAUCACCUUUAUACAUACAUCAUCAGAAUUAUCACAACAUGACGCUAUGGUCAACAUUGGCAGCCUUGGGUAUGGCAUUCGGUGCACCACUAAUCUACGCAGAUCAAGCAUGGAGUAUACAAAAACGGAGAAAUGCAGAAGGUUUCAGUAAAGAUGUUUGUGCAGUUUUAUUGAUCGCAAAUAUUUCACGUAUAUUCUUUUGGUUUGGUGAAAAGUAUGAAUUUGCACUGUUGUUACAAUCAAUCUUGAUGAUCGUUUCGCAAAUUUACUUGCUUUCGCUUCUGCUCAAAUUUAGACCGGGUUCUUUCGCUUCUUCGGCUUAUAGUGUCGCUUCGGGCGAUCGAGGUGGUAGCACGAGUACGACCGGCAGACCCAACAAUGCAUCCAAUAGCGCUCCCACUUCAGCCCAAAGCAGGACUGAGUUUUCAGCAGAUGACUCAUUCGAUGGUGAUGCGAACCAAUCUGGAAACAAAUCUUCCUCCUUUCCUACCUCAAUAGGAGGAUUAUUCGACACUUCUUCAGCAAACGGACGAUAUGCGCCGCUCUUCGGUCUAAAUAUGCCUGCUGCUCCUACACUCGAUGAAGAUGAGGAUGAAGAAGAUGUUGGAACAAGCAACACGCAAUCUGGACAAAAGCUACAAAGAGUGGGACGUAAAGCUGUCAAAUUCUUGCAAUCAGGCUUCAAACGUACGGAAGGUGCAACGAGAAAGGAUGGCUCUUCUGGUGGUAGAAUUUUUGGCUUUUGGACAUGGCCGGAUCUUUCUAGCUAUUUGUUAUUCUUGGCCGCUCUCAUCGUCUUCUUGGCCGUCUUGCAAGUGAUUCUUGGAAGGUUGUCUUCUUAUGUUUGGGUACUUGGUAUGUUUGCUUUAGGAUUAGAAGCCACUUUACCAGUUCCACAAGCAAUGACAAAUUAUUCACGCAAAUCACUUGGCGGUUUUCGAUUGAGCGUCUUGAUGGGAUGGGCAUUUGGAGAUGCUUUUAAGACGGUUUAUUUCCUAAUGCAAGGAUCCCCGAUUCAAUCCAUUAUUUCUGCACUGUUUGCACUUUCGGUAGAUGUGGUCAUUUGUGCACAAUUGUACCUCUAUCGUGAACAAACGGCAAAAGAUUGGGAAGAUAUGAGAUUGGAAGAAGCAGAAGCUUUAGAAGUGGAGAGACAACAACAAGCUCCCAUAGAAGAUGCACAGCCGAUCAGCAAUCAAAGAUCGAAGAGCAAUUCACAAUCUCAGCCAACUAGACCGAAGCCUACUGCUGGAAACAAGAGGAAUGCCUCACAGUCAAAUAAUGUGGCUGAAGAAGCUUCAAUGUUCCAGAUCGAGGCGGACGAUGAAGACGAAGACGAUGGAGAUAUGGGAAGAUCGAGAAGAUAAGGUUCAAUAUAGAUGAAAACUGCAAGCUCUUUAUGGAAUAAUAGCAUUAUAAUGUAAAAUUAAUGAAAAAGUGCAUCUUUAAUGAUCUCUUGAGUUA